GCCGGCGAUUCCCUCUACCUCUGCCUGGAUUGUGGUUUGGCGCUGGACACCGAGGCGGCGCUGCUGGCGCACCGCCGCGGGCACGGCGUGGCCGAGCCGCUGCACCGCUGCGCCUGCGGCAAGACCUUCGCCAGCAUGACCAAGUUCCUGUACCACCGGCGCUCCCACGCCGCGCCGGGCGCCGCAAUCCCCGCGCCAGAGCCGAUUCUGGAGCAGCCAGAAUCGAGCUUGGCGUGCGGCGCGUGCCAGAAGGCGUUCCCCAGCGCGGCGGCGCUGGCGCGGCACCAGCGCUUCGUGCACCGGCUGGAGCGGCGCCACCGCUGCGGGACGUGCGGGAAAAUGUUCAAAAAGUCGUCGCACCUGCGGAACCACGCGCGCACGCACACGGGCGAGCGGCCCUUCGCCUGCGGCGAGUGCGGCAAGCCCUUCAACUCGCACGCCAACCUGCUGCGGCACCGCCUGACGCACACCGGGGAGCGGCCCCACGAGUGCCCCGAGUGCCACAAGCGCUUCGCCCAGAGCUCCACGCUGCGGCAGCACCUGCAGGUGCACCUGCGGCGGCCGGCGCCGCACCGCUGCGGCGACUGCGGGCUGCGCUUCCCGCGGCCGCACCGGCUGCUGCUGCACCGCGCCCACCACGGCGGCGAGUACCCCUACAAGUGCGCGCAGUGCGGCCGCGGCUUCCUGCUGCGGCGGCUGCUGGACGUCCACGCGCUCGGCCACGCCGGGAAGGAACCCCUCAGGUGUGAAGGAUGUGGUGCCGCGUUUGCCGGCGCGGCGGCGCUGCGGGAGCACCGCUGCGGCAACGCCGGGUGGAGGUUCGAGUGCGGGAUAUGCGGUAAAAAAUGCGGCACGGCCGCGCGGCUGCGGGCGCACGAGCGGACGCAUGGUGGUCAAGCGGCCAGCGAGGCGACAGCAGAGUGUAAAACCACCCCGCCGCCCACGCCGCGCCGCGCCGGCGCCAAAAAUUUAGAAUGCGGCGAGUGCAAAAAGCUUUUCAGCACGGAGACGUCGCUGCAGGUGCACCGGCGCAUCCACACCGGCGAGCGGCCCUACCCCUGCCCCGAGUGCGGCAAGGCCUUCCGGCAGUCCACGCACCUCAAGGACCACCGGCGGCUGCACAGCGGCGAGCGGCCCUUCCGCUGCGCCGAGUGCGGCAAGGGCUUCGCCGUGGCCGUGCGCCUGGCCGAGCACCGGCGCAUCCACAGCGGCGAGCGGCCCUACCGCUGCGGCGACUGCGGCAAGAGCUACCGCUCCUUCUCCAACCUCUGGAAGCACAGGAAGGUGCACAAGGCGGCGGCGGGGGGCGGGGGGGACCCUCGUGACCCCCGGGGUGGGUCUGGGGGCUUCGGGGAGCCCCCGCUGGAGACCCCAGAGAGCCCCAAGGACCCCUCGGUGGUGGGUCUGGGGUCUCCGCCCCACCCCGAGACCCCCGCCCGGAUUUCGGCCCCCCAGACCCCCGGGGGGGGUCCGGAGACCCCCGGGGACCCCCCAGAGUGA